UAUAUUUUAUCAUAUUUCCUCCCAACGACUCUGGUUGUUUCCUCACCUUAUGGGACUCCUUUGGAAUGAAAUGAGCUGAAUUUAGCAAGCUGACCAUCCAGCCCCUUAAGAAACUGGGUGAAGAAAUUUCAGAAGAUGUUCUUUUCUUCCACUAACAGUGCAUCUGUGUAAACAGGCACAAUGACUACCUCCAGCAAGAAGACAUCUUCUUCAUCUGUGGUAAACUCCUUGGCCAAAAUAUUUGACCCAAAUGCUUUAAAGAACCAGCAUCCUGCUUAUGAAGAGGAACCCUCUCCUAUAUACCCAUUUCCAAGAGAAGAUACCAGCUGCCCUGAAAACAUGAAUGGGCUGGAUGUGAAGGUUGUUUCCUUGGAUCAGAAAAUAAACACAUUGUUGACAAUGCAAAACAAUGUUCUUCAGAAGCUGGAUUGUGUUUCUCAGGAAAUCUAUUCAAUGGGGGAAAACAUUGAACUCUUGAAGGGAAAGGGGAAAAACUCUGGAGUUGGAGUAUCCACUGUAACGUCUGAAAAAUCAGAUGUGAGCAUAUUGUGCAUAGAAAUCAACAAAAAGCUCUCUGAUAUGAGUAAGAAUGCAGAACAACAAUCCAAAAGACUUGAUGGACUGGAGCAUAUUGUGCUGGGCAUACAGCAGCUUGUUGGCUCUUUGGUAGAAAAAUUAAAGACUUCGACCAUCACAGACUUAAUGCGCAGAAAUGAAACUUCUCGUAAGUUUCUUAGAGUUGGUGGCUAUUUGAGAAAAGAUAGAUCUGGAAAUCUUUUCAGGAUGCAGACAUUCUCAGACAAAAAAGAACUCUUGUUCAGCAAAUGGAAUGAGAAGGAAAAGUAUCUGACUGCAAAGGGAACAAAACCUACAAUAAAAAAGAAGAAACCUCCUGAUUCAUCAGAAGAAUCUGAUGACACAGGAAAAGUCCAUCAGCUCAACAAAGAGAACACUGAGAAGGCCAGUCCAUUUUUUGUUCAAAAAGUUUCCUCCAAAUCUCUUAGUCACGAGUUAAAGGGAAAGGCAGAGGAAAGCCACUGGACAAGCCCUCUUCAGAAGACCACAGAAAAAAGCCAGGCAGAAGCAAAUGCCAAAGAAACAAGUAAUAAACAAAGUGCCCUGAAUACCAAGGGUGACACUUUGGGACUUGGUAAGAGGAAUGAGGAGUCUGAAGAAAGUUCAGAGGGACUGGAAAAGGAUGGUCAAAGAACAGAUGCCAACAGGGAUGACAAAAGGGAAGAACUGGAAACUAUAUCCCAAAGUGAUGCCCCAUCAGAAGAUGUUGAUAGUCCAUCAAAGAGCCAGGAUCACAAUGUGGAGCAUAAACACCCUGGAAAAGCCUCAUUCCCUCUGAAGGAUGAAGAUACCACCAGCAGUAAGCGUCUUGUGCUUGACAAAAAAAUUGCUAAAGAUGUCAACAAAAAGAGCAGGGUAGAUGUGGGAAAAAUCAAUGAUGGACUCAAAUCAAAAGAACCAACUAAGUCAAGUAAGGUAGAACCCAGUGUGUCAGACAAAAAAGGGGGAUCUAAUUCUGAAGCCAAGAAGAAGAAAGAACAUCAGGAAACAUCAAUAGAAAACAUUUGUGUAAUAGAUGACAGCCCACCACCUCCAGCUCCUUUUGAUCAUCGGAUCGUCUCGGCAAAAAGAAUGGGGAUCAAUAGCUUUUAUCAUGUCCACAAGGGUGAAGUUUUGGGAGGGGGACGAUUUGGCCAAGUGCAUAAAUGUGAAGAAAAAUCAACAGGACUUACAUUAGCUGCCAAAAUUAUAAAAGCCAGAGGUGUAAAGGAAAAGGAUGAAGUAAAGAAUGAGAUCAACGUAAUGAAUCAAUUGAAUCAUGUAAACCUCAUUCAGCUAUAUGAUGCUUUUGAAUCAAAAAAUGACAUCAUCCUUGUCAUGGAAUAUGUGGAGGGAGGGGAGUUAUUCGACCGAAUUAUCGAUGAGAACUACAACUUGUCAGAGAUGGAUACUAUUUUGUUCACAAAGCAAAUCUGUGAAGGGAUUCAAUAUAUGCAUCAGAUGUACAUACUUCAUUUAGACCUAAAGCCUGAGAAUAUCCUGUGUGUGAACAGACAGGCAAAUCAAAUAAAGAUUAUAGACUUUGGGCUGGCAAGGAGAUAUAAACCAAGGGAGAAGCUGAAAGUCAACUUUGGCACUCCAGAAUUCCUUGCUCCUGAAGUUGUGAACUAUGACUUUGUCUCCUUUCCUACAGACAUGUGGAGUGUAGGCAUCAUUGCCUACAUGUUGCUUAGUGGUUUAUCUCCUUUUCUGGGCGAUGAUGACAACGAAACAUUGAACAACAUCCUUGCUUGCAGAUGGGACUUUGAUGAUGAAGAAUUUGCAAAAGUGUCUGAGGAAGCCAAGGACUUCAUCUCUAAGCUUCUCAUCAAGGAAAAGGGUUGGAGGAUAAGUGCAACUGCAGCAUUAAAGCAUCCUUGGCUAUCUGACCAAAAACUUCAUAGCAGACUUCUUACUCAGAAAAAAGGUAAAGGUUCCUCUACAUCUCAGGCACCCAAGGCUCCAUAACUCUGAGAAG